AAGAAUCAAAAUAUAUCAACAGUCUUGUAUUUGUUUGCAAGAGAGAGGCGUGGUCACUAAUGAAUUUCACUUUCUAUUGUUGUUGUCAAUAUAAAAUUUAGACCCAGAAAAACUGCAACCCCAAUUGUUUGAACUGAAAUUAUUGUAGGAUAAUGUUGAUAACGGUCAGGGAAGCUUCUUUUUGGCCUCUCACCUUCAACCUCUCCUCUUUCUCUUCUCCUAAGCCUUCUCCAAUACUCAAAAACUCUGUUUGCAGAGCCAGUUUAAGUGUUCAUCCAAAACCCACCUCCAAUUCCCAAUCAUGGGACCUUAGUCUUCUUUCUAACAGCCAAAAAGGAUCUGUUUUUGAUCCUUUGGGUAUCAACCCAGACGAGUCUUCAGGUUUAAAUGGUGUUUGGGAUAGUUUUCUAUCCUUGUUAACACCUACAUUUGAGAGUACCUCAGGUACUAGAAAGGAGAAAUCUUCUUCGGCUAGAGGAGUGGCAGCUGCAAUUGAGGACAGUUCCAUUGAAUUUGGGGAUUUCUUCAAAGGCCCAUUACCAGGAAAAUUUCUCAAGCUUUUAGCAUUUUUGGCUUUAUCUCGUCUUGGAGUUUAUAUACCUCUGGGAGGGGUUAACCGAGAGGCUUUCGUUGGCAAUUUGGAUCAGAACAGUCUACUAAGCACUUUGGAUUCGUUCUCCGGAGGAGGCAUUGGUAGACUUGGUAUAUGCUCCCUUGGUAUUGUUCCUUUUAUUAACGCUCAAAUCGUGUUUCAACUCCUCGCCCAAGUUUACCCUAAAUUGCAAGAUCUUCAGAAAAGAGAAGGUGAAGCUGGAAGAAAGAAAAUUUUGCAAUAUACUAGAUAUGCCUCGGUUGGUUUUGCUAUAGUACAGGCAAUUGGCCAAGUACUUUACCUUCGUCCAUAUGUCAACGAUUUCAGCACGCAGUGGGUUCUCUCCUCUGUUACUUUAUUGACACUUGGUGCUGUACUAACAACAUAUAUUGGGGAACGGAUUUCUGAUCUAAAGCUUGGAAACGGCACAUCUCUUUUAAUAUUUACGAAUAUUCUAUCCUACUUGCCUGCAUCUUUUGGAAGGACAGUUGCACAAGCAUAUCAGGAUGGUAACUACAUUGGACUUGUUGCCAUCAUUAUCUCGUUCUUCCUGCUGGUACUUGGCAUCGUUUAUGUUCAGGAAGCAGAGAGGAAGAUUCCAAUCAACUAUGCCUCAAGAUACACCAGCAGAAGCGGAGGACUUCAAAAAUCUGCUUACCUACCCUUUAAGGUAAACAGUUCUGGAGUGAUGCCGAUUAUAUUUUCUACAUCAUCCCUAGCUCUUCCCGGUACUUUAGCACGAUUUACUGGCAUAUCUGUUCUAAAGAAGGCUGCAGUUGCUUUGAAUCCCGGAGGUUCUUUCUACCUUCCUACCAAUAUCUUGUUGAUAGCCUUUUUUAAUUACUACUACACUUUCCUACAACUGGACCCUGAUGAUGUUAGUGAACAACUGAAGCGGCAAGGUGCUUCGAUUCCACUGGUCCGACCUGGUAAAAGUACAGCAGCAUUUUUAAAGACGGUUCUUAGUCGGAUAUCGGUUCUGGGUUCAGUAUUUUUAGCAAUCUUGGCAGCUGGUCCUGCCGUGAUCGAGCAAACCACACACUUGACUGCAUUCCGAGGAUUUGCGGGCACUUCAGUUCUUAUUCUUGUGGGAUGUGCAACUGAUACUGCAAGAAAAGUUCAAGCAGAGAUUAUAUCCCAGAAGUACAAGAACAUAGAGUUUUACGACUUCGACAAGUAUAGCCCGUAAAAGAGGCGGCAAGCUUAAGACCAGAAGAGAAUAGGAAGACCUUUUUUUCUGAGCAACGAUUAGUUCUGUAUACCGUAGUUUCUCUGACAAGCAAGGCAUUGACUCUUGUUAUGAACUAUCAUACUCCGAAUAUCCAUUUUUUUUUAUUUACGAAGCAUAAAAUGCGACUCGGGAUUUAUCUUGUACAUAUACUGCUCGGAGCAGCCACUUUCAAGGUGACAGGAAUGGUGUCUAUUUGGUAGCUGAAA